AUGGCCGGCAUCGGUCUCAUCCUCCUCGGCGCGCUCCUCCUCGUCGUUGAAGCGUUCGUCCCCUCAGGAGGGAUCAUCGGUCUUGUCGCCGCCGCGUCCGCGAUCACCGGAAUCGUGCUCCUUUUCAAGCACGACACCACCUGGGGCGCAAUCGGUCUGCUCACAACCCUGAUCCUUGGACCAAUGCUCUUCUUCUGGACCCUCAAACUCCUCCCAAGCACCCCGCUCGGAAAGUCCAUGUUCGGCGACUCCGACGAAGACAUCGCCGCACGCAGAGAUCAGGAGUCCUCCCGCUGGCGCGAACAACGCAACGCACUCAUCGACAAGACAGGCACCGCACUCACCGACCUCCACCCCGUCGGGAUUGUCCUGAUCAACAACGAGCGCCACGACGCGAUCGCCAAGGGCAAAAUCAUCGACAAAGACACCCCAAUCCGCGUUGCCGCUUUCGUCGUCUUUAUCCUUGUCAUCAUCCUCUUCAACUACUUCUCACUCUGGUUCCAAGCCCUCCUCUCCAAAGCGAAUGUCGGACUCAUGUCCAUCGUCGCGAUGCGCUUCCGGAAAGUGAACUCCACCGUCAUCGUCAUCAACAAGAUCCGCCUCGUCAAAGCCGGAAUCACAGGCAUCGGAACCGACGACCUCGAGAACCACUACCUCGCCGGAGGCAAUGUCGGCAAUGUCGUCUCCGCGAUCAUCGCCGCAUCCAACGCACGCAUCGAACUCGACUGGGGAGUCGCAACAGCGAUCGACCUCGCCGGACGCGACAUCCUCGACGCGGUCAACACCUCCGUGAACCCAAAGGUCAUCGACUGUCCAAACCCAACACUCGGACGCCCCACCAUCGACGCCGUCGCGAAAGACGGCAUCCAGCUCAAAGCACGCGCCCGCGUCACCGUCCGCACCAACCUCGCACGACUCGUCGGUGGUGCAACAGAAGAAACCGUCGUCGCACGCGUGGGUGAAGGCAUCGUCUCCUCCAUCGGUUCCGCAGACUCACACGCCAAGGUCCUCGAAAACCCAGACGCGAUCUCCAAAGCCGUGCUCGCGAGAGGUCUGGACUCAGGAACCGCCUAUGAGAUCCUCUCCAUCGACAUCGCGGAUGUCGAUGUCGGCGUCAACAUCGGCGCGAAACUCCAAGAAGACCAAGCACAAGCAGACAUGAAAGUCGCGCAAGCUCGCGCUGAAAAACAACGCGCCCUCGCUGUCGCAACCGAGCAAGAGCACAAAGCAGAAGCCCAAAAGAACCGCGCUCUCGUCGUCCUCGCCGAAGCCGAGGUCCCAAAGGCAAUGGCCGAAGCCUUCCGCUCAGGAAACCUCGGGAUCAUGGACUUCUACCGCAUGAAAAACAUCCAAGCCGACACCUCCAUGCGUGACUCCAUCGCCGACGACAAGAACUAA